GUGCAGACCCUAAAGCGAAACCCAAGGCUCCUGUAGUUGCCGAGGCACAGCCAGAGUGAGGGCCUCGGGCCCCGCAGGGGUCUCCCAGGUACAUGCCUAUUUCUGUGCCCACCCCGUGCUGGGUGAGACUGGGGCCCCAAGAGCCUCAGCCUCAUCUCCACCCUUGAGGAGAUAGCACAUGGGAACCAGGCUGGACCAGGAGGAGAGCCAGGGCUGGCGGGGUCCAGAGAAGCAGGAAGAACCUUCCGGGGGCACUGGUCCCCCCUCACCCCUGGAAGCCAUGACUGAGGCCAGAAGGCUGCCCCCACCACUGCCUCCACGACUGGACUGGUUCGUGCAGACGCAGGUGGACCAGCUGACCUGUGAAGGGGUCCCUGAGUGGUUCCAUGGUGCCAUCUCGAGAGAGGAUGCUGAGAACUUGCUGGAGUCACAGCCUCUGGGAUCCUUCCUCAUCAGGGUCAGUCACAGUCACGUGGGCUACACGCUGUCUUACAAAGCUCAGAACUGCUGCCACCAUUUCAUGGUGAAAUUGUUGGAUGAUGGGAGCUUCAUGAUCCCUGGGGAAGAGAGGGCCCAUGACUCUCUGGAUGCUUUGGUCACCUUCUAUCAGCAGCAGCCACUGCGGCCACAUGGGGACCUGCUGAUGCAAUCCUGCCGACAGAAGGAUCCAGAAAAUGUGGAUUAUGAAGAUCUCUUCCUUUACUCCAAUGCGUUGGCUGAAGAAGCCACCAGGUCUGCCCUUGGCUUCAGCGAACAUCAGAUUCCCUCCUCUUAUCCCAUGGCCCCGCUCCAGGAGGCCUCUGCAAAGCCAGGCCUGCUCCAUCAGUCAAAGGAAAGGAAGCUGUCAGCAAGGCUGGUAGGUGCAUCCUUGGAGGGUCCUCUUGGGGAGGCACGUCAGAAACUCUGGAGGAACCUCAAGAUGCUCCCCAAGACAGGCAAGAAGGUCCAGCAGCAGCUGAAAUCCCACCUGGCGGCUUUGAGCUCAUCGUCAGUGACCGACGGCUCGGAAACCGGGACAGGUGACACAGCCUGGGAAAAUCACGUCGACAAGGACCGCUUUGUGGCCAUGUCCCCCACGAGCCCCCCACAGCCCGGAGCUCCCAGAGACAGACGGGGCCCCUCCAGGAAAACCUCAAGGUCCAUCAGCUGGAGCGAGGCAACCUCGAAGGUCAAGGACUGGCACCAGACAGUAGUAAGGGUCCUAUCCUUACAGGCAUCCAAGCCAGACCCAGUGGACUUGAGAGAGCCACAGGACUCUCUCCCCGAGGAGUACCGCCCCCCGCCACCCUUCGCCCCUGGGUACUGCUAGGUUCACCCUGGCUCUGGGACCCUCACUGCUGGGGGCUGUUCAUGCCUGGGUGUCUUGCUUUCUGCCGCAACCCACUAGCCCUCAGGGACCUGAGAGAUGUAAUAAAAACAUUGCUUGGGUCUGGUCCUAUGA